GCGCGCAUGCGCGCCACCUCGGGAGUGGGGCGCGGCGGGAUGGGUGCCGCCGCCCGAAGCUGCCCGGCGGUGAGGGCUGGCCGAGCUGUGCCGGGCGGUGAGGGGUUUGCAGGAGCUCGGGGUGACCCUGCGGCGGCCGGGGAGCGGGCAGUAGGACGAGUGGCACCGCGCGCCUCCCGACGCCCCUUGUGCCUGACGCAGCGGCGGGAGCUCCUUCGCCGUCUGCGGCGCCCUGGAACCCGUUUUGCUUUGUAAUAAAAGCCGCGCCCUCCCCGCAGCCACGCCGGGAGUGGGGAGAGGAAGUUAGUGCUUCCGCGUGACGUCAUCAACCGCGGGCGGAAGUCCUCCCGAGGCCGGCUUCCGGUCUAGCCAAGAUGGCGGCGCCCAGGUGCCCGUGAGCGGCGCGGAGGUGACAGCCGCCCGUGGCGGGCACCGGCUCCCUAUGGCGCUGAGCGGCCGCAGCUGCCUGCUGCUGGCCGCCGGCAGGCUCCAGGCUCGUGGAGCGGGUCUUCGUUUUGCAUCAACAUCAACUACAGCCCAUCUCAAAACUGAGACUGAAGUGGACACAAGCGAAAAUGAGGUUGUUGCCCCAGACUUCACUAACAGGAAUCCUCGGAACUUGGAGCUGUUGGCCCUGGCUAGAAAGGAGCGUGGCUGGAAGACAACAUGGCCAAAGCGUGAAUUCUGGCAUAGAUUACGGCUUGAGCGGACACAGCAUUAUGUAGAAGCCUUCGUUGAGCGCUGUAAUGGGGAUGUCGUGGUAUCUGCCUCUACCCGAGAGUGGGCCAUAAAGAGACACCUGUACAGUCCUAAGGGAGUAUCAGCUUGCAAAAACCUUGGCCGUGUAAUGGCGCAGCGCUGUUUGGAAGCAGGAAUCAACUUUGUGAACUUUAAAGCUGUUAUACCCUGGGAAUAUCGUUGUGACUCGAUUCAGGAAUUUGAAAAAGCGAUGCAGGAAGGUGGUGUCGUUCUGCGUGAGCCACGAAGAAUCUAUCAGUGAAAUGGAGACUGUUGGGAAAACUUCCCAGGGAACAGCAGUGACUUCUUCAGGCGUGUAUACAGGCACAGUGAAAGUCCAAAGCUGGAAAAAGUUGGAACAUGGCAUCUUAUAAUAAAAUAAUUUUAAAUGUG